GUGAGGUGUUGAGAUUUCCCACCUGUAGAUAACUGGCAGAUUUUUGACAUUUACAGUUUGACUCUGGAGAAUUCGUUGGAUCCUUUUUUUCCUUUUAACCCAUGAUAUUGCGGUAUUCAAGUCAUCGGAUUUAAUUUUUUGUGUCAUCACCAACCUGUGGAACAAUUCUGGACACUAUGUCCCAAAUACGUGAGCUACUUGGCGAAAAAGUAAUCAAUAGUGCGGGGAAUGCGAUUGCAGUUAAACACUUUUGUGGGGAAGGAACUGUUAUUGGUUUAUAUUUCUCUGCACAUUGGUGUCCACCAUGUCGGAUGUUUACACCGGCUUUAAUCAAGUUCUACAAAAAACUAAAAAAUAGAGGAGAGAAACUGGAGAUAAUAUUUGUAUCAUCAGAUCGAGAUCAGGAAGAGUUUGAUGAGUAUAUUAAAGAAAUGCCAUGGUUAGCUUUACCAUUUGGUGACCAAAGAGCUGAUACAUUAUCUGAAAAGUUUGAUGUAACUGGAAUUCCAAAUUUUCUACUGCUCGAUGGUAAAACGGGGGAAGUUCUUACGCCAUUAGGUCGAGCCCAGGUGACCAAAGACCCAGAAGGUUUAUAUUUCUCUGCACAUUGGUGUCCACCAUGUCGGAUGUUUACACCGGCUUUAAUCAAAUUCUACAAAAAACUAAAAAGUAGAGGAGAGAAACUGGAGAUAAUAUUUGUAUCAUCAGAUCGAGACCAGGAAGAGUUUGAUGAGUAUAUUAAAGAAAUGCCAUGGUUAGCUUUACCAUUUGGUGACCAGCGAGCUGAUACGUUGUCAGAAAAGUUUGACGUGUGUGGAGUUCCUAAUUUACUCCUGCUCGAUGGUAAAACCGGAGAAGUUAUAACGCCAUUAGGCCGAGCUCAAGUGACAAAAGAUCCGGACGGAGAAAAGUUCCCAUGGAGAAAUACAGAAGAAUCAUGACCGCCAUUGUAAUGUCAGUGGCUUCACUGAACUCUAUUUAUGUUAUGAUAUAUAAAUUCCCUUCAGUCAAUAAAUUAAAAAUAUGUUUAUUGUUAUAUUAAAGGUAGAUUUUCACUUAAAAGUGGAUAUUUAUACACACUCGAUCUGUUUAAUAAAGGGAUAAUAUCAUG